AUGAAAAUUAACUACUUAUUAAUUUUAUCGACUUUAACAGCAAUUAAUGGAUUAACUUUAAACCCUUCAACUUCAACUGAUGUUGCGGUUUUAGGUGGUGGUGAUUCAAUGAAGACUAAGCAUUCAAUUUCAAAAGGUAUUAGAAUUAGACAUCAAUCAGCGCCUAGCAAAAAAAAUCAAUUGGUUGAUCAUGAUGAAUUGGCUGUUCAAGCUCAAGAAUUUAAAGGUUUUUCUGAUGUUUUUUGGCAAAUUUUAACUGUUGGAAAAGAAAUUACAAUGGAUAAAGUUCAAACUUUGAAGGAAAUUUUAGCUUUAUUGGAUAAUAUUAAAAUUAAAAAUCCAGAAACUUAUUUUCAAUUUGAUGAUAAACAACAAAAAACAAUUAAAUUAGAUAAUGAAGCUGAAGAAAUUGAAAUUUCAUUAUUGGGUAAACGUGAAGAGUUAGAUUCUGAAGUUGAAGCUCAAAAUAUUGAUUUUAGUAAAUGGAAAGGUAAAAUGGGUGGAAUGAAAGGUAAAAUGGGUGGUAUGAAAGGUGGUAAAGGUGGUAAAGGUGAUAAUGGUAAAACUAAUGGUAAAACUAAUGGUAAAACUAAUGGUAAAACUAAUGGUAAAGUUAAAGAAGAUUGGACCACUGAUGAUGAAACUGAUUGUGAUGAAGAAAAAAACAAGACUACACCAAAAAAAGGAACUCAACCAAAACCUACCCAACCAAUUAAUGAUAAAAAUGGUAAAUCUACUGGUGGAAAAACCAACGGUGGUUUAAAGGGUAAAUUUGGUAAAGGUGGUAAUGGUAAAACCAAUGGUAAAUCAAAUGGAAAAGGUAAAAGAGGUGUUCCUGAAGAUUGUGAUGAAAAUGGUGUUCCAAUCAAUGGAAAUGGUAAUGGUGCUGUUCCACCAGUUAAUGGAAAAAAUGGUAAUGGUGUUGUUCCACCAGCUAAUGGGAAUGGUAAUGGAGUUGUUCCACCAGUUAAUGGUAAAAAUGGUAAUGGUAAUGGAAAUGGAAAUGGAAAUGGAAAUUAUAUUCCACCAGUUAAACCAACUAAACCUGUUGCUCCAAUUGAACCUGUUGAACCUGUUGAACCUACAAGUGGCGCAUUAAAUGGUAAUGGUAAUGGUAAAAAUGGAAAAAAACCAGCCAAUGGUAAUGGAAAUGGUGCCUUGAAUGGUAAUGGAAAUGGUGUAUUGAAUAGUAAUGGUAAUGGUGCAUUGAAUGGUAAUGGAAAUGGAAACGGUUUGAAUGGUAAUGGUAAUGGUAAAACCAAUGGAAACGGAAAUGGAAACGGAAAUGGAAACGGAAAUGGUAAAACCAAUGGUAAUGGAAAUGGAAAUGGUUUAAAUGGUAACGGUAAUGGUAAUGGUAAAACCAACGGAAACGGAAAUGGAAAUGGCAAAACCAAUGGUAAUGGAAACGGUUUAAAUGGUAAUGGAAACGGUAAAACAAAUGGUAACGGAGCAUUAAACGGUAAUGGAAAUGGAGCAUUAAAUGGAAAUGGUAAAAAUGGUAAACCUGUUCCAAAUGGUAAUGGUAAAAAAGUUGCUCCUGUUGAACCUGUUCCUUUACCAGAAGAAAUUGCUGAAAAUGGAGAAGCUCAAAUUAUUCAACGUGAAAUUGAUGAAGUUGAACAAGAAAUUAAUGCUUUAAAAGCUGAAAGAGAUAGUAUUUUAGAUGAAUAUGGUAUUGAUGAUAUGGUUGAAAAACGUGGUUUAGGGAGUAAUCAAGAAGCUCAUAUUGCUUCCUUUGAAGGUUUUGAUCAAGCUAUUGAAGAUUCUCAAGUUGCUCAAGCUAUUGAUAAUCAAAUUAGAGAUGUUGAAGAAGAAAUUGCUAAGCGUGCUUCUGAAAGUGAAAAACAAGGUAACCCUCAUUUAGAUGAUAGAAGAAGACGUCCAGAUGAUAGAGGUAGAGACCAUGAUAGAGGAAAAGAUAAUGGAAAAGGUGGUAGACCAGAUAGAGAUCAUGACAGAGACCAUGAUAGAGGAAAAGAUAAUGGAAAAGGUGGUAGACCAGAUAGAGAUCAUGAUAGAGACCAUGAUAGAGGAAAAGAUAAUGGAAAAGGUGGUAGACCAGAUAGAGAUCAUGAUAGAGACCAUGAUAGAGGAAAAGAUAAUGGAAAAGGUGGUAGACCAGAUAGAGAUCAUGAUAGAGACCAUGAUAGAGGAAAAGAUAAUGGAAAAGGUGGUAGACCAGACAGAGAUCAUGAUAGAGACCAUGAUAGAGGAAAAGAUCAUAAUGGUAAAGAUCAUGGUGGUAGACCAGAUUGGGAUCAUAAUGGUAAAGAUCAUCAUAAUGGUAAAGAUCAUAAUGGUAGACCAGAUUGGGAUCAUAAGAAAUAUAAAUCAAAAAAUAUUACAUUUACUGAAACUGCUACUGAAUUAACUACUGCAACUACUCAAUUGACUGAAACUAUUCCAGAAACUUUAACUUUAACUGAAACUACUUUAACUACUGUUCCAACAGCAACAACUCAAGUUACAAUUCCAACAACUGAAAUUAUUACUGAAACUACUUUAACUACCGUUCCAACUGCUACAAAUACUGAAACUGUUUUAACAACUGAAACUUCAUUGGCUACUGAAACAACUUUAUUAACUGAAAUUACAACUGCCACAACUAACAAAACUGAAAAAUCAUGGCCAACUAGAAAACCAAAGUAUUUUAAACCAGAUUGGCCAAAUCGUCCACCAAUUGGUAAAAUUCAACCAUUGAAAGAUCAUGAAAAAGGUAGAGAUGGGGAUAGAGGUAGAGGUAGAGAUGGGGAUAGAGGCAGAGAAGGUAAAGGUAAAGAUAAAGAUAGAGAUUAUGAUAAAAGAGAAGAAUCUGAGUUAGAAGCUCAAAAUAUUGAUUUUAGUAAAUGGAAAGGAAAAAUGGGUGGUAUGAAAGGUGGCAAAGGUGGUGGUAAAGGUGGUAAAGGUGGAAAUGGUAAAGCAACUGUUGCUCCAACAUUUACAAAAGUUAAACCAACUGUAGCACCAACUAUUACUACCAAAAAAUCAAAAUUUGAUGAUUGUGAAGAAACUGAAGCACCAGCACCAGCACCAGAAGGUAAAAUGGGUGGAAAAUUUGGAGGUUUUAAAGAUAAAUUUGGUGGUAUGAAAGGUGGUAAAGGUGGUAAUGGUGGUAAUGGUAAAACUGAAGCACCAAGUAAAAAUGAUAAAACAAACGGUAAAAAAAUUGAAGAAGAAGAUUGUGAAGAAGAACAACCAAAUAAUGGUAAAACUGAUGGAGGAAAAAUGGGUAAAUUUGGAGGAUUGAAAGAAAAAUUUGGUGGUAUGAUGGGUAAAGGUGGAAAAGGUGGAAAAGGUGGUGAUGGUAAAGGUAAUGGUAAAGGUGGUAAAGGGGGUAAAGGGGGUAAAGGGGGUAAAAGAGAAUAUCUCAAUGAUUCUCCGAGGCUCUAAUUUAUUUCGCAAUGGUUUGAACGAUGAGAAUGUAGAAGCGUAUUUUGAAGAAGUUACACAAUUUAAUAAUGAUGAAAAUGUUAAAGUUGAUAAACGAAAAUUGAUUUCAAAAGCUGUUGAUGGGGUGUCUUAUAAAGUUUUUGAAUCUUUGAAAAAGUCUGGUUUAAUUAAUGAUGUUAUCAAAUUUUCAUUGACUGAUGAAAAAGUUCGAAAAAAUUUGGUUGAUAUUACUAUUACAUUGUUGGAAGCUCGUGUUUUACCUUGGGAUGAUAUUUUUUUGGCUUUGAAGAAGUAUAAUAUUGCUAUUGAUGUUGCUGAAUUUGCUUUAACUGAUCCUGAGACAAGAAAAGGUUUAGGUUUGUUGAUUUUGGAAAUGAUUCCUGGCUUUUUGGAAAAUGGAGUAAUUACAAUUGGUGAUAUUAUGAAGCAAAUAUCUGAUUUGAAUAAAAGAGAUGAUGGGAUUGAACAUGAAGAAAAUGAACAAUUAGAAAGGCAACACGAUGAAUAUAAUGAUAUUGAUAAAUUGACUAAGAAUGGACCUAGACCAAAAUAUAGAAUUGAUGAAGACUUUAACUAUGUGAAUUGA